AUGAUGCCCGUCCCUGUCAAGCGUGGCCGUGGUAGGCCCAAAGGAUCUGGAACCAGAAAGACAGCGGCAACAGCAACAGCAGCAGCAACAACAACAACCACCACCAAGAAGCCGAAAGUGCAGAUCAGAAUUGAGCAAGUCGCCAUAGACGACGAUCAACAAGUCAGCCAUCUCAGUCUCAGGGAGGCUUUACACAACCAAGAACCGCAAUUGACGGAGCUCGAGCAACGCUUGCACGACAUCGACGACUCGUGGGAAACUGAGUCGCUUUUCGAGGACAUAAUUGAGGACCUCUCGGAUGACACGGCAUUUAAAGAUGAUCCAGAGGCUUGCACGCCCGAAGAGGCCAUGAGGUAUCGGCAAUUGCUGCGCUCGCAAGGCCCGGCCGAGUUUAUGAAACUUACCGUGUUCAAUGAUAGCAUCACAGCAAAACGCCUCCUCACGGCAUUUGGUGUGCGGCCGCCACCUUUUCUCGAGGGAGCUAAUGAUGAUCAAUAUUACUCGCUGCUGACACUGGCCAUCACGCGCGAGCUCAACAAGCGGGCCAAGCUCAUGAGCUACAACACGGUCGACGACGCCGUCUCCCUCAUCCAGGACGCCAAGAACAUUAUCGUCUUGACCGGUGCGGGAAUUUCGACUUCGCUGGGCAUUCCGGAUUUCCGUUCGGCGCAAACCGGCCUCUACACACAACUGGCCAAUCUGGGACUGCCCAUCAACGACCCGCAGGAGGUCUUUGACAUUGAGGUUUUUCGCCAAGAUCCCACCAUCUUUUACACAGUCGCCAAGGACAUUCUUCCCACCACCAAAAAGUUUACGCCCACACACGCCUUUAUUGCCAUGCUCCAGGCCAAGGGCAAGCUGCUCACCAACUACUCGCAGAAUAUCGACAACAUUGAGGCCAACGCCGGGAUCCUGCCCGAGAAGCUCUUGCAGUGCCACGGUUCGUUUGCCAAGGCUACAUGUCAAAAGUGCGGCUACAAGGUCCCAGGCGAGGCCAUCUUUGCCGAUAUCAAGGCCAGCAGGAUUCCGCGAUGUGACAGGUGCAUCACCUCGCUGCGGGCCAGUGGCACAUCGAAGCGCAAGCGUGGCAAAAAGCGAUCAUCGUCUGGAAGACGCUCGCGGUACAAUUCCGACGACACGGACGAGGACGAUGACUUUGACAUACCCGAGGCUGGUAUCAUGAAGCCCGACAUUACUUUUUUCAGAGAAAACUUGCCCGAUGAGUUCCACGACCGACUGAGGCGCGACAUGACACGGGUCGACCUGGUCAUUGUCAUUGGAACCUCGCUGAAGGUGUCGCCCGUCUCUGAGGUGGUGCCGAGCUUGCCGCCGCACGUUCCCGCCAUCUACAUUUCGCGGACGCCUGUUGGCCACAUUGACUUUGAUAUCGACCUUCUCGGCGACUGCGACGUUGUCGUAGCAGAGUUGGCCCGACGUGCAGGCUGGAAUCUUGACCAUGAGAUGAUCCCGCCAACCCAAAAAGUCCAUACCGCCAUUCAAGACGAGCAAAUCCACCGGCAUCUAUUCACGACCACCCACGGGGACAAAUGCGCCUUGGACACCGCGACUCCUACGAAGCCUGUUCUGACUAUCAGAGAUGGACAAUCGGGAGCCCUGCGCCACAAGGGUUGA